AUGUUCGGGAUCUGGGGGACCUUCAGCAGCGUGGUUUUCUACCUCACCCUGGCCGUGGGCCUUGGGGGGCUGCUGGGCAACGCGCUGGUGCUCUGGCACCUCGGCUUCCACAUCAAGAAGGGCCCCUUCGCCGUCUACGUGCUCCACCUGGCCGCCGCAGACUUCCUGUUCCUGGGCUGCCAGCUGGCCUUCUCGGCUGUGCAGGUGGCCCUGGGCUCCGAGCACAGCCUCUACUUCACGGUCACCUUCGUGGCCUUCUCCGUGGGCCUCUGGCUGCUGGCGGCCUUCAGCGCCGAGCGCUGCCUCUCCGACCUCUUCCCCGCCUGCUACCAGGGCUGCCGCCCCAGACACACGUCGGGCGUCGUCUGCGGCCUCAGCUGGGCCCUGGCCCCGCCGGCCGUGCUGCUGACGGCCGACGCCUGCGGCCUUCUGCGCAAGAGCGCGCGCCCGCUGGCCUGCCUGCACUACCACGCGGCCAGCGUCGCCGGGCUGCUGGCCCUGGCCUGCGCGGCCUUCGCGGCUGGCCUGGUCCUCUUCGUCUGGGUGGCGUGCUGCUCCCAGCGCCAGCGCCCGCGGUUCUACGGCACCGUGCUGGGCUCCGCGCUCCUGCUGCUCGUCUGCGGCCUCCCCUACAUCCUCUGCUGGACCCUGCUCCCGUACCUCCCGAGCUUCCUGCUGUCCACCUUCUUCCCGCUGGCCACCCUCCUGGCCUGCGUCCACUGCAGCGCCAGGCCCCUCAUCUACGUCACGGUGGGCCGGCAGCCGGGCCGGCGGGAACCUCUGCGGGCGGUCCUUCGGCGCUCCCUGGGGGAGGGCGUCCAGCUGGGGGGCCAGAGGGACCCUCCAGGACUCCACAUCAUUCCCCGGCUCACCCACUCUGGGGACCCAAGGGCUGGGGGCCGGCCCCAGGAAAUAGCUGCGGGGCCCCCUGAGGGGCCGUCCAUCUGCGUGCCGCUGGCAGAGACAGACGGGCCGCCGGGCAGCUGGCAGUGUCUGGGCCGGGUGACCUCCAGCAAGUCGCCUGACUGCGGGGAGCCUUGUCUUCAGAAGGAGAAGCAGAGUACAUCUCCGACAUGGAGUCCGAGGAAGGAGGCAGGAGGCCAGGCUGGCAGAGGGCGGGCCGUGACCUUCCUGACCUUCAAGGUGUGCGCCAGCCACGAGACAGCGGCCGGCCCGGGGACAGCGGGCAAGGGCAUCCCCGUGAUCUUCUCCCCGGGCUGGUCUUUCCUGUGGUUCUGCUCAGAGUGA